CUUUGCGAAGAGAGGUAUCUUUCGCCUAGCUCCUCCCGCUGGCCGUUACGGAGUUUGCGUAACAGUGGACUCGGGCCGCUGGAGAGAGCGAGAUAGAAGCAGCCACUCGGCAGGCGCUGCGAAGGAAGAGGCUGAUUGGUUCCUGCUGUCCGUGACGCGUGGAUUCACCCUGGCCGCCCAGGAGGCCGCCUCUUCCGCGUCGGGUGCUACGCGAGGCCCCGGCUUGUGGCCUGCACGGAAGGUUUUGAACUGAAAAGAAAAUGUCUCUCUAUGAUGACCUGGGAGUGGAAACAAGUGAUUCCAAAACAGAAGGCUGGUCCAAAAACUUCAAACUCCUGCAAUCUCAGUUGCAAGUGAAGAAAGCUGCUCUCACCCAAGCAAAGAGUCAGAGGACAAAACAAAGCACCGUUCUUGCUCCAGUGAUUGACCUGAAACGAGGCAAUGCUUCUGAUGAGCGACAGAUCGUAGACACCCCGCCCCAUGUGGCAGCUGGCCUGAAGGACCCUGUUCCCAGUGGCUUUUCUGCGGGAGAUGUAUUGAUUCCUUUGGCUGAUGAGUAUGAUCCGAUGUUCCCCAAUGAUUACGAGAAAGUAGUAAAGCGUCAGCGGGAAGAGCGGCAGAGGCAGCGUGAGCUGGAAAGGCAGAAAGAGAUUGAAGAAAGAGAAAAGAGGCGCAAAGACAGGCACGAGGCGAGUGGAUUUUCAAGGCGACCAGAUCCAGAUUCCGAUGAAGAUGAAGAUUACGAAAGGGAAAGACGGAAAAGAAGUUUGGGAGGAGCUGCCAUUGCACCGCCUACCUCUUUGGUUGAGAAGGACAAAGAACCUUCAUCUAUGUUCCCAUACGAAGAAGAGUCAAGGCCUCGUGGUUCCUCUUCCAAAGCAGCCAUUCCUCCUCCCAUGUACGAUGAACCUGAGAGACCUCGGUCCCCGACAGGGCCCAGCAAUUCCUUCCUUGCAAAUAUGGGCGGCACGGUGGCACACAAGAUCAUGCAGAAGUAUGGCUUCCGCGAGGGCCAGGGGCUCGGGAAGCACGAGCAAGGCUUGAGCACAGCCCUGUCGGUGGAGAAGACGAGCAAGAGGGGCGGCAAAAUCAUUGUUGGGGAUGCUGCCGAUAAAGAUGCAUCCAAGAAAUCGGAUUCAAAUCCCUUGACAGAGAUAUUAAAAUGCCCUACCAAGGUUGUUUUGCUUAGGAAUAUGGUCGGUGCUGGGGAGGUUGAUGAAGACCUCGAAGGUGAAACCAAGGAAGAAUGUGAAAAAUAUGGCAAAGUUGGGAAGUGUGUCAUCUUUGAGAUUCCAGGUGCUCCUGAUGAUGAGGCUGUGAGAAUAUUUUUAGAGUUUGAGAGGGUUGAAUCUGCAAUUAAAGCGGUGGUUGACUUGAAUGGAAGGUACUUUGGUGGACGAGUGGUAAAGGCCUGUUUCUACAACCUGGAUAAAUUCAGAGUCUUGGAUCUGGCGGAGCAAGCUUGAUUUUCUUCUGAACCAAAAGACACAACACAGAUGCGUCCCUGUCUGGCAUCUUGCAUUUUUCAGCUGCAUGCUUGGAGUGGAGCAAGAGAUGGACUUCAUUUCUACCAACCUGGAAAUAAAGAUCCUGAGUGGAUUUUUCAUAUUGUGAUGGACACAUUUUUUUUAAUUUGUAUUGUAGUAUAAAAUUCCAAAGACGUCA